AUGCGGCUUGUAACCACAAGGAUGGCAGAGGAGAAAACUAUCUAUGAGUUCUGCUGCAAACUGUCGUUUUUUCUCAGCCAGGAGUUGACCAAGAAAACGCUGUUUAUCCUGUUGGCCUCUGUCCUACUGAGUUGGAUCGUGGUGUACUCUGGUGCCUGCCAUACUCCACUAGUUGAUGUCUUUGUCUACUGUCUGGUCUACAGCAGUUGGAUAACGUUAUGUCUACCCUGGCUGGUACAGAACAUGACAGGAAAGCUUCUGAUGCUGAUCGCCGGUGUGAUUGUCCGCCUGUUCGCCGUUGAUGUGGGUGUGCUGGCCUGGAGCGCCUUGAGGGGUCACCGCCACAUCUUCCAGCGAGGCUUGAGGCUGAAGCCCUUGUUUGAGCCCUCCAUGUCCUGGCUGGCCGAGGCUGGCUACAACCUCAGGUAUGGAGUGGUCAUCGCCGCCAUUGUUGCGUCCUUGGUUUCACUUCUGCUUGACCUUUUUGAUCGGGCCAACAAAUCAAUGGUCGCUCACUUCAACAGGUCAGCCUUUCUCAGACGUCGAAAUUCGUGGCUGUCCUUACCAAAUGACCACUUGUGGGAAGAGACGCAUUCUACUAAGAAACCUCGGUGUGAGAAAUGGGAUGAGUUGGGCGACAAGACAGCCAGAUAUCAUGAAUGGGAUGAUUUUAAUCACAAAGAGAUCAAGGCAAGCAGGCCUGGAAACACUGUCCGUUUUAACAAAGCUGGUGGUACUAAGUUUAUUAGCAGCAUGAGAGCUCAGAGGAGGGGUGGACAAGGAAGCCAAAGAAGUGGUAAAGCAAUGUAUACGACAGGAAGUAGUAGUGACAGCGAUGGAUAUGACGAGCAUAUACAGAAACGCAGUCAAGUAGACAGAUCAGACGGAUAUGGCGCCACUUUGCGUUCGCCAAGAACGGGGCGAAAAAUUACCGAUGAUUGUCAAGCUCCUAACAAGGAUCUUGGUUUUAAGAGAUCGGAAUUCCCUUCUCUCGGUUCUCUACUCAACGGUGUUAGUGUAGCAAAUGAGGGUCCACCAAGGGUAUUCAGGAUGGGUUCCGACAAUGGGUCACCGAAUGUAGAUGCGCGUGCUAAAAAUAAGUCUCGUGGCAUAAGGGUGUGCUCAGCCACCCGUGUUGACUGCAGACGAUUGAAACCUUGCUGUGCUUCAGUGGACAAGAGAUACGUCAGAGGAAGUUACGGAACUGGGAAAUCAAACGAAAGUGGUGAAGUGAACAGAAAAGAUACGAAAGAAGCCAUUGAAGAUACUUUAAAUGAAUCGUUGCUUUGUUUAAGGAGACUGAGAAGAAAAUAA